AUGUCCUCCAAAACCACCAAAUACAAACAAAGGAUAGCACUUGCUGAAACGAUCAACUCCUACGGCUCGCCCAGCAUGCCGUGUUCCAAUUGUAUUCGCUACCAUCGCAAUUGCGUGGUCCUGAAUGAGAAGUCCCAGAGGUGUGGGGAGUGUGUCCGUCGCGGCGUGAAAUGCGAUGCUCUUCAGGUUUCUAUCGACGACCUCCAAAGUCUUCGUAUGGAGGAAGAUCGCCUGAAGUUUGAGAGAGAUAUGGCCUUCGAGGCGGCCAUGGCCGGCCUGGCUCGCGUCCGCGAGCUCGAGCAGCGCCAAGCCGAGCUUCGCGAGCGAGGGAGGGAAAUGCUUCGUCGUGGUCUGAGAACUCUGGAUGAGUUGGACGAGGCUGAGGCAAAAGAAAGAGUGGAGAAGGCGGAGGCGCGGGAAGCAGCGGAGAGGGAGAAGCAAGCUUCUGCCGCUCGGCCACCUACACCGCCGCCCGCCGGCGACUCCUCCGAGUUCCACCUGGUUGAUGAACCGCUGCCUGACUUUGGGAACUCCUUCUGGGAAGACCUGGGUUUCGUUGAUGGAAACUUCGCAGCAACCCAGGGCAGUGGAGGUUAG